CCCUCGGCCCGGCCUCUGGGUUAGGUGCCUACCUCAACCGCCCGUCUCCAACGGCACUGCCGGGCUUCCUCCCUCGCCUUGCUAGAAUGACAAACAUCGGAAAUAAACCGGAACUGCUCGCCUUUCAGACCCGAGGAUCCCCGCGUGCCUCGCGAGGUCCAGAGAAUUGCUGUGGCUAAAGGGCAGGCAGCUGCUUAGGCAGACCCCGCGCCGCGAAGGCCCCCUGCUGAAGCUUGGCGGUAACCAUGGAGAUCAGCGCUUCUUCCCUGUGGGGCGCCGGAGAGGGGCUGCUUGAGUGGGAAGGACCCCCGCUGUCCCUUCUGGAUUCUGCCCGGGUCUAUGCGGUGCUGGAGGACUGUGUCGAUCAACUGGCCGUCCUCGGGCACAUCAUGCCAGUUGCGCUGGAGGACAAGAAAGAUGUCUGUGUUGACGGAGAACACGUCGGCGAGAUCCUCGACAAACAGAAGGCUCUGAGCGCCCAGUACCAACAGCUUAUGGAUUCUCGGGCGGAGAGCCAGGCUAAAGUCCCCACCGAGCUCGGCAAGAUCGCCGAAUUCGGCCGGCAGCUGCGGGACACGAGCAUAGAGCUGAAGAGAAACAACCGCCUUUUCAGCAUGGCGGCGCGGCGAGCCGUUUUGCCCACAGACCACCUCAAGAAGGUCCAGGCUGACAGGCAGUACGCAAGCGACGUGAUUGAGGAGACCAUGGAUGAGCUGCUGAUGCUGGGGACCAUCCAGACCCUGCUGAGAGCGGUCAACACAGAGAAGAAAAACAAGCUCCAGCUGCAGGACAUCAUCCUCAG